AUGAGUGCACCUAGUAUUCCUGUCCCACCUCCACCUGGUUCUCAGUUUGCACCCAUGCAAGCUUAUAUCCCCCUUCCUGUUCCUCCACCUGCAAUACAAAUGAUGCCACCACCACCACCACCACCUCCACCUCCACCUCAGAGAGCCCCUUCUCCGCUUCCAGAAGAACUUGCACCAAAGCGCCAGGAAGCUUGA